UGUUUCAUGCGAUCUGCGAAGUUGUUCCGAAGUGAAGGGUGUCAGUGAGUGAAAUAGUUCAUUUAAAGUGCCUGAGGAUAACAUGUAAUGCGUCUUGUGCUAUUACUUAAAUGUGAAUUGUCAUAAAUAUUAUAAACGUGUUUUGAAUCAGCCAACUGAUAAGAAAAUACACAUUAACCUGUUCGAAUUCUCGAAUAGUUUGUUUGGAUAUGUAUCAGGUUUAUUUUUGCACAAUUUCUUAAAUAUGUUUGUGACAUAUGGCUUUUUUAAUACAACAUUGAAUCAGCUAAGAACCUUAAUUGGCAUUGAGACUUUAGAAUAAGUGGAAUAGACUUUGACUGAUAUCUUUCAUAUUGAAAAUUAUGUUUGUAUUUCUGACUUUUUUCUUCACACAAAGGUAAUUAGAACUUUGAAUGAGAAUGUUGAAUGUCUGUUUACGAUUUGAUCUUCUAGUUACAAUGUGAUUUGUUUUUGAAGAAAUUGUUAUUAUAUCAUGGCCAAAGAUUAUGUCACACAUGGUGACCUAUUUCUGAAAGUGGUUUGUAGUUCAGUGUCGCGGAAUAAUAUUUGUACUCUUUUUACAAUUUCCGGUAAAGAUCAUUCCAAGUCACGCUUCUUCCGGCUUAGAAGCGAGAACUUCGGUAUUAUAGUGUGCUUAACGAAGGAACGUUUUUUGGAUUUUUUUAUCGUCAGCAGGAGAGUAGUGGAGCUAUCGGACGAUGCUUUUUUAUUUUAACGUCUUUCUUCAAAUUCGGCUGUAGACAGUGAAUCUUAAGGAUUAUAUUGAUGGUUUUUAACCGCAUGGAGAAAACACCAGGGAGGAAUUCUGAAAUGUGCCAGUCAUCUACUGAUUUUGUUCCUAAACAAGAAUCUGACGAUGAAUUCAAAUGGGAAGAAUUUUUUGGUACAUCGGUGGACAUAACAUCAACCCUUCUAGAUAUGUUUGACACGAUUGUGGCCAAAAACAGUUCCCAGGAAAGCGGCACAUCCGUUGCUCCCUCUCAACGAACAACGCCACCUAAUUCCACGAACGGCUUGGGCUCCUCUCCUCCACCAUGUGAUCCUGGGGGGAAGGGCAAUGGAUACCAACCGUCCCCGAAGCGCCUUCCCCCUCUUGCGCUUCCCACGUCAGGUCACCGUCCCACUCGACCUUACAGCAAACGCAGCUACUCAGACACCGCUUUUCAGGAGAAGAAACGUCCAUUGAGCAGUAGUUCUGUUUCCUCAUCUUCCAGUUCAUCCUCGUCUUCCUUACCACGGAACUGCCUUGAUGUGAAAAAGUCAUAUUUAGCUAGUAUCGAAUCGUUGGAUGAUGAUGAUUACGAUGAUGACAAUCGAUUCGGCGAGGAUACAUCUAAUCGUUCGGGACCCACGCGUGAUGUUACCAUCGGUGUGGGUUCUAGCACUGCUACAUCAGGGGCGGCCAGUGGCAAGCCACGCUGGUGCGACCCCAAUCUUAGUCAUACGGAUAGGGUGGUUCUAGAAAUUGUCGACACUGAAAAAACCUACGUCAGGGAUUUAAAUGAAAUCAUUGAGGGGUAUCUGAAACACAUUGGUAAUGAUCAGGGUACAAAAGUCAGUCAUCAGUAUUUAAAAGAAUUGUUCAGCAAUGUUGAAGACAUAUAUGUAUUUAACAGCUCAUUUGUGAAUGAAUUGGAAUCUUGCGGGCUGGAUCCCGUUGCUGUAGCUCGAUGUUUUGUUAAAAAUAGUAAUGGCUUUGAAGUUUAUACUCAGUAUUGCACAAAUUAUCCUAGGACUGUGUCUGUAUUGACAGAACUAAUGGGUAAUAGUGAAACUGCUGAGAUAUUUAAGGAACGGCAGAUGGCUUUACAGCACAGUCUUCCCUUAGGAUCUUAUCUCCUUAAGCCAGUUCAAAGGAUUUUGAAAUAUCAUUUAUUGCUACAGAAUAUGGUAAAACAUUCUGACAAAGAAAGUGAUGGUUACUGUGAUGUAAAAAAUGCUCUGUCAGUUAUGACAGGGAUUGCUUAUCAUAUAAAUGAUAUGAAGAGGAAACAUGAGCACGCAGUUCGUGUUCAAGAAAUCCAGAGUUUGCUGUAUGGAUGGGAAGGUCAAGAUUUAACAACAUAUGGUGAACUUGUGGCUGAAGGGGCUUUCAGAAUGUAUCGAGCAAAGGCUUUGAGACAUCUUUUUUUGUUUGAUAAAAUGUUAUUAAUUGCAAAGAAAAAGGAAGAAGGCAUACUUAGCUAUAAAACUCAUAUCAUGUGUUCCAAUUUGAUGCUCAUUGAAAGUAUACAAGGUGAACCUCUCUGUUUUCAUGUCAUACCAUUUGAUAAUCCAAGAUAUCAAUAUACAUUCCAGGCUCGAAAUGUAGAACAGAAACGUGAAUGGUGUCUUCAGUUAAAGCGGGUUAUUCUGGAAAAUUAUAAUGCUGUCAUACCUUCACAUGCUCGGCAGCUAGUGAUGGAACUGGGACAGAGCAAACAAGAGGACUCUGCUCUAGAAAAAAGUACAACUAAACGGCAACUUUCAGCACCUGAAUAUUUAGAGAAAAGAAAACAAGAGAGGAGAAAAUCUGAGUUAAAUUUAAAUCGCACAUUGAAAUUAAAAAAAGGUUUAAAGAAGGCGGAAUCCAGUUUAAAUAAUAAAAAUAAUAUUUCAAAUGGGAGGCGUAAGAGUGCUCACUCUGAUAGUCAUGAAAGUUGGAAUGGCCAUGAUAAAUCUGCAUCUUGGACAAAAAGCCAGGAUGAUAUGAGUCAUAAGCAAAGCUGGUUGCGUGGACGACUCAGCAAUAAAGAAAAUCUAUCUGACUGCUCCUCUAAUAUAAACUCCAGCAUUCCUUUUAAUAGGAGUUCUAGGGUACGUCAUAGCCUACCUGAACCAUCACUAUCUCAGCGCACUACAACGAAGGAACGUAGAUUUCGACCAUCUUGGAGAAACUGGAACAGUGUUCCUGAGGAAACAACUGAUACUGAAAAUGAAGAAUUGGAUGCUAGGAAGCUUUUGGAAUACUGUCCUCCACCUCGUACUUUUCGUGAUAGAACAUAUUCUGAAGCAUCUGAGGAAGCAUUUGACAACAGUGGAGAGUAUGUCACUUUCUUUUAUGCUCAUGCAUAUGCUACAAGGGACAUGCAUAAUGAAAAUACUGAAUUAAGGAUAAAUAGCAAUGACCAUGAAAAGACUAAUUCAGAUCUUGAUGAUAACAAACCUGUUGAUCAUAAACUUAGUGUAUGCAAAAAUUCUGAGUUACCAGCUGAAACAAAAUCUGAUCACCAAAAAGAUCAAGAUUCUGAAAGUGGCAGCUCAGUUAGCUCAUGGAAACAAAAUUCUGCCAUCCGACGUGUUCAGUCAUUUACUGGAAUGGCAAAAGCAAGAGUUGCUUCUCUGCAUCACAAUAUUUCGUUCAGGUAUCAUUCCUCUUCUCACAGUGAGCCAAAAUCAAAAUCGAAACGGUCUUCUGGUUUACCUCCUAGUGGAAUGAGCAUUCUCCCAUCAGAUGUGAAAGAUAUGAGCCCUACUACUCCAGCAACUUGGUUAAAGCAACAAGAGGAACAUCUUGCAGAUGGUGGGAAAAAGAGUGGCUCAUUACCUCGAAGCUUUCAGCUUGCCCCAGAAACUGUAAGUAGCUCUUCAGAAACAAAUCUUGCUGUUGUUUCUGAUGGUAAUACUAGCAGAAUGAGAAUACGUUUAGAUGGACAGCGAUCAUUACAUAGUGAACAGCGACCUUUUACCAUUGCAUCAGAUAAACCAUCACAAGCUGAUUUUGGCGAUGAUUUAGACUAUGUUGUACUUGAUUACUCUCACCUUGUUGGUUCAGAAUAUUUUGUCCCUCGUAAGGAUGGUUAUGAGCAAGAUACCACUACGGGAUGUACUAAUACUCCAGCUGUCAGUAUGGAAAAUGUUCAUUCUAUUCAUCCUGAGCUAAAAAUAUAUCACCAAGCAGCAUCAAAAUAUGCUACUUUGAAACACAUGUUCUCUCAUAUGGGUUCAAAAAUUGCUGGUUUAAAAGCAACAUUAGUUAGUCCAUCAGGUCAUGAACAGACUUCUUCAGAGCAACCACCAAAGGCACCAGGUGGUGAACUAUCUAAGCAUGGUUUUAAACGGUCCAGUAGUCAUUCAAGUAUUAAAAGUGAUAAUGAGUUAAGUCCAAGAUUAUUUACAGCAAAACUUGCCCAUUCUGUAGCAAAAGCAUAUUCCUCUGUCAUGAGGCAUAAAAAGAAACAUGAAAUUAAAAUUACAGAACGAAUGGCUGAAUUGAAGAAUGAGAAAACUACCAUUGGAACUUACAAAUCAGAAAGCUCUUUAAUUGGUGCUAGAAUGGCCCAGCCAUUGGAAUCUGAGUAUAGUGUGCCAAAAUAUAUUCUCCCUCCUAAAACUUUUAAAGAUCUUCGACCAGAUAGCUUAUUCUCUGAAUCUUCCAAUGCUACAUCUUCUAGUGAUGGUGACAAAAAUGGUGCUGUAGAUCCCUGUUAUCAUGGAUCUCAAUUUCCUAAAGCGGAUGAAGGAGAUGACUCAGUAUCAGAAGCCAGUGAUACAUCUGCUGAUAGUUAUUAUGAAAGAACAUUUGAUGCAAUUGAAAAUGCAUUAGCGCAAGAUAUUUAUCGAGACUCUGCUAUUUACAGUGAUCCAGAAGAUGCUGAUUUUAGCGCUGUGGAAAAUCCCAGAGUAAUGUUCAGGUCAAAUGAAUGUGAAUUUCAAAAGCAUGAAGAAAAUAUGUGUAACUAUCAAAAUGGUGAUGUUGAAGCCAACUGUCCUUCAUCUCCUAAAAUUAUGUGUGCACGGCGUGUUAAUCAAGCCAUACUGGAACGGUUACGGAUUUUAGAGGAGAACGUAAAAUUUCAAAACGAGGAAGCAUCAUCAUUAUUAAACAGCUCUAAAUCUAGUACUCAGAAAAGACUUGAUUUAGACAAGUGGGGUAAUUUAGUAUUAAACAAAGAUUUUGAAGAAAGUGAAACUAGUUCUGAACAUUCUGCAUCAACUGUGAACACUGUAAUGGAGUCUGGACACAAGCUGUCUAAACCUAAUGGAAACAUAAGCAAUAGAAAUCCACCAAGAGUUAAAGGUUGGGUAAAACAUGUUGUAGAAAAACUUCAGGGAGAAGGCUGUGCUUAAAAAGUCAAAUUGUAUGGUCAUUUACUGCCAAUAAUUUGUGCCUUUACAUUUGCAGUCAGUGCCAAACAAUGCAUUUAAAAUACACUAAUCAUAAAUGUGAUGAUGAAAAAUAUCUAAAAUUCCAUUUAUGUGAAAUUUCCAUCCAUUUUGUAACUUAACAAAAUUUUAAAUCUGUUAUCUAUGCCUGCAAAUAAAAUUGAUUUAAAUUGAGGCUGUAGAUGUGAAGAAUAAAUUAAAUGUAGAAAAUAUUUAUUUCUUACCUAAAUUUCAUAAAAUGUAAAGUUUAAGUAAAAUUUUGGAACAGAUGAAAGAAAUUAAGUUCUCUUUGUUCACUUCAAAUUAUUUUCAUAUUUGACUGAUGCAAAGCAUGAAAAUUGGUUUUUUUUCUACCUAUGUUUGUUCUGUUUUGUUAGAUUUACACUUCAAACAUUUGUUCGGUAUUAAAAACCUUAAAAAGUUAAUUUUGUAGGCAUCUUGUAUAUCAGCGAAUUCACCAUUAAAGGAAGCAGUUCUUAACUAAAGCAUCCUAAAAGUUUGUAUCCUUGUAUAACUUUUAUGCAGUAAGCAUUUUUUAAAAGCACUUUUAAUAUAAUGCUUUUUACAGUAUUGUGUAAAUUAUACUGAAGAACAAAGUAAAAAUGUGUUCCAAAAAAUUUGUCUCCCAUCCAUCAUUUUAUACCGAAGAAUAAAUGUUUGUUAUUCUUAAGCAAAAACUUUUAUGGUCAUUACAAAAUAAAACACAUACAAUAUAGUUUGCUUUGCCUAUUUGUGUUACAUCAUAAAUUAUUACCAGUUUUUAAAAUUCCAAACAUUAAGUAUGAAUAGAGCUUGAAUUGGUUACUUUUUGUAAUUACAACUUGGCAAAUUAACCUUUUCCUAAUUGGCAAAUUAAUAUCAAUAUUUUUGAGGAUUACAUAGCUUACCUAAUCUAUGCUUCAAUUCUGUACCCAAAUUUUAAAAAUUCAGGUCAUCCAAAGUGUAAUGUAAGAUAUAUGAGAGCUAGCAUAAAUUAGAUUUGUUAUUACAGGCUUCUUUAAAAAAUAUACUUGUUAUCAAACGAAUAUACUUGUUGAUUGGAAAAGCUUAUUGUUAGGAAAAAUCUAGCUUCUGAACAUUGGAGCUAGAAGUUGUUACUAUAGUUAAGAGGUGGAAUGAAACUGGGCUCUAGUUUGCCUGUUAAUAAUAAAUUAAAUGUAUCCUAUCAUUCUUUUGUUAUUUGGGGCAAAAAUAACACAUUGUACUUGCAGCUGUAAUAUUUCAAAAUUAAUUUAUUUUCAUUCAUCAGUUUCAGAAAGGGCUGAAGAAAAUUUUACUUAACCUGAAAUUGCUUUCAGGUGUAAUCAUAAUUUGAAUUAAUAUCCUAUUUAAUAAUUACAAAUUGUUAAAGGAAUGGUUUAAAAUACUAUACAGAAAAUUUGAACUUUCAGCUGAAAUAAUGUCUGUACAUUCUGUUAAAUGGCUUUAAAAAGAAAACUGUGCAUUACAUUGUGUGAAUAUAUAUAUAUAUAAUUCAUUUUAUAGUAGGGGACCAACAUUAUUCUCUUUUGAGUAAACUUUAGUUAUCAGCAGUUUAGUAACAAAUUAGAUUGCCUCAACAGCAUGUAAUAUGUGUUAAAUAUCUAAUACAUUUUAUCUAAAUGCAAAAAACAGCAAAAAGUGAGGAAAUAAUUAUUAGUUUUUUCGAGAGUUUAGAUAUAAAUUAAUUUCUUAUAUAUACAAACUUGUAUUUUUUAUCUUUUAAAAUAGUAUAAAAAUUAAUAACCUUUCAAAAGUAUAUGUUUGAAUAGAAUUUGCAUAAUUGGAGAAAACCAAUUUAGAAAACAAAAGUAAAAAGAAAUGGGAAAUUUAAAAUAUGAACUGAAGUGGAUACAUUUAUUUAUACAGUGUAUUUAUAAAAAUAUUUUGUAAUAUGAAUACAUUCAAAAGUCGAACAACAAAAAGUUUAAAAAAAAAAAUUUUUUUUUUUGUUGUUGUUUGACUUCUGAAUUAGUAUUUGUUUGGCAUGUAUUGUGUCUUAAUUAUAUAAAUACAUGCUUUUAAAUUUUCGACUAGUCUUUUACAAAUACGCAAUAGUCAGUUCUAAAAUCAUAUCUUUUCCAAGUUUUUUUUUAUAAAUUUUCACUAUUUCACACGUUCUUCGUUUUUGUAAUUUGAAAUGAGAUUGUGAAAUAUUUAAGACUGUAUCAUAUUUACACUCGUAAGAAAUGUACAUUGUAGUUUUAGCUGCUGUGGUAUUUUAUAUUCUAAAAUGUUUCUAGUCAUAGCUUUUGUAUAAUAUUUAUAUUUCUCAUUUUUAUGGUAAACAGAUAAAUGAUAUUGUAAUUCUACUCUUAUAAAUAUUUACGAGUUACGGUAUUAUCAGUUCUUUGCUCUCUUCUAAAAUAUAUAUGGUUGUCUACGGAUGCAUUUGAAAUAUUAGCCAAAUGAGAUUUUUAGAAUUGAAAUAUUUAUUAUUUAUAUAGUCGAGCAGCUUUCUUUUUUACUUGUAUAUAUUUGAAGAAUUUAAUAUAUAUUUUGAGAGAGUAGUAUCUUUUUUAUAUGGUAUUUGAUAUUUUAAUUAUUAACCCUCUGAGUGCCAUGACUGGCUUUAUCUGGCCAUCAGAUUUUUUUGUCACUUGGCAUAUAUUAGCUUAUAAUUUAAGAUAUUGUUCUAUCUUACUUUUUAUUAAUGUAAAUAUCAUCUUCAUGAAUAAGUUUAUGAAAAUAGAGUCUAAAAUAAGUAAUUGUAGAAAUUUCACUAAUAAAUGCUUUUUAAAUACAGGUCUUCAUGAUCCCACUCUGCUCAGAGGGUUAAUAGCAGGAAAGCCAACUUAUUAAAUUUUUAUACACCCAUUACUUUUUAAAACCUCCAUUACCUUGCAGCUCUGUAUCUAUUAUGAAUUUAGACUACAUAGUAUCAAUAGUAAUGUUUUUAUGUUGCUGUUAGUGCUGUAACACUUUUGUGUAACUUUUUUUAAUGCCGCUGUAUGUACUGCAGAAUUUUUUUCACUCAUUGUUGUUGCUGUAUGUACUGCAGAUUUUUUUUCACUUGUUUUUGUUUUAUCUAUGCAAGCAAAUUAUUUCUUAUUUUAGAAUUAUAAUUUGUAUAACAUAAAUAGUCUGUUAUUAAUUGUUCACGUAAUAUAGCCAUUUAAGAUCUGCAUUAUUGGCUGGACAUGUCCCAUCGAGAAAGAUUUUAUACUGUAUAAAUAUUUUUUUUAAAAUAAGGUAGUGUGAAAUACUUAAAAAAAAUAAUAAUAUAAAGAGAUUAAUUAAGUAUGGUUGUUAUAUAAAGUAGUGCCUUUUUAUACUAAAAUAAAAAUUGUUCAUAUCAGAAUUACUUAAUAUUCCUCUUAUAUUUUACUCAUUCCUGUAGAUGGUAUCAUGAAUUUCAUCAGUAUGAUGAGCCAUGAUACUUCCUGUAAUGUUUCCUAAAUGUUUAUUACAUAUUUGAUUUCAUAUCAUGCCAUUUCAGAAAACAUAUUGAUAGCUAGUGUAUAAAAUUCUGUGAUUUCAACUUAGCAGCUAAGGCCAAUACAUUUCUAUAACAAAAAGAGUUCAUGUAAAUUGCAUGUUAGAAUAUUUAGAUUUAAAACUAAAAAGUUUACUUUGAAACAUAUCAGCUGUUUUGAUUAAAGAGCUCUGUUAACAGGAAGGGCAAAUUUUUCUAAAAGCAGAUUUUAUUUUUAGCAUUUUACAAGUUCCUAUUUGCUUCCCUCCAAAAAGCCAGCUGUAGCUGUUUUAAAAUUUUGAAUAUUUACAUAAAUUUUCGUGCAGCUAUUAACUUAAAAGUGUCAAUACAAUUUUUAGGUGUUUACUGGCAGUGCAUACUCAUGCCGAAACCAUCCGUAUGACAAUCUCAUAAAUGUAAAUAUGUAUUUUCUUAUAAUUGUUUUGUGGUUUCUCAUAUUUAUGCUUGUAUAUGAGUGUAACUAGAUGGCGUGAAAUGUAAAAUUAAGUUGCCGAGUGAUUGUUGUACAUGAAGGUUAAUAAAAUGAUUGCUUAGAA